AUGUUGAAUAUAAGUAUUCGAAGGUUAUCAACAACAAGUGUUGCCAAAAGUCUAUUGGAACGAGAAUUAUACCAGGUGAUUUUGUAAAUUAAAUUUUUUAAUUUAAUUUAAAAAAAAAAGUUUUUAGGGUAAUUCAGUGGUUCGAUUAAUUCUGAAUGAUAAGAAAGUCAAUACAUUGUCUUUGGAUUUAAUCAAUGAAUUAUCGGAUGAGUUAAGAGCUAUCGAUAAGAUUGAAAAAGUUCGGUCUGUGAUUAUUGCGCAUAAUGGAAAAUCAUUUUCCGCUGGGCACGAGUUAAGGGAACUGGUGAGUGUUUUAAUUUCAUCUAUGUACCAAAUAGAAUCUAAUUUCUAGCAAGCUGAUAAAGGAACCGAGCAACACUCAAAAAUCUUCAAUCGCUGUGGAGAUAUGAUGAAUUUUAUAAGAAAUAUGAAAGUUCCAGUGAUUGCAGAGGUAAUUAAUUCCAAAAAACUCACGGUAUUUUUAAAAAUUUGAGCAUAUAGGUUAAUGGAACCGCUGCAGCCGCCGGUGUCCAACUUGUCGCCUCCUGUGAUAUCGUUGUAGCUGGAAAAUCCUCGAAGUUCUUGGUUCCCGGGUAUGAAGAAUUCAAAAAUUCCCUGCCUUUUUGUAUGAAAUUCAUUGUUGCAGCCAAAAACUCGGCUUAUUCUGCUCAACACCAGGAAUUCCGCUAGUUCGCGCGGUGCCCAAAAAAGUUGCGAUGGAUAUGCUUCUAACUGCUCAACCAAUCGACGCAGAUGGUAAAAUGACAAAGAAAAAAUGAAUAACAACACAAUUUUUGCUUAAUUUCUUAUUUCAGCUGCCCUACGCGCUGGCCUUGUUUCUCGAAUUGUCGAUGACGAGCAGGUUAAAUUCGAGGCAUUGAAAGUUGCCGAACAAAUCGGGCAAUUUAGCCGAAGUGUGACUGCUCUGGGAAAAGCAUUUUUCUAUACGCAAAGUGAAUUGAAUAUUACAGAUGCGUACAGGUAGAUUUUCGGAAUUCUUGGAAAAAAAUCCUAAAAAUUGGGUCUACAAGGGAACUGUUUCAAUUUUCACUAUAGAUUUUCAAUAAAAUAUAUGUUUUCUAGUAGUUUUCGACCCGCUUAUCACGAUUCCGUCAUCUAA